CUUCAGCCGACGCCGGUGCGCGCGUACGGCUUCAAGACCGGGGUAUGCGUUGAUGAUGUCGUGGGAUUGGUGCGGCAAAUCCUAUUUCUCGCAGACUCCUGGGGAUUUGAGGCGCACGUCUGCGUCCAGGACGUUUUGACCGCAUUCGACUCCAUGCCGCGCGAGAGCACCUUCGACGCCAUGCGGCGCAGGGGCGUUCGGCCAGGGCUAUUCUACAAGAACAAAGUUGCACUGCAAACGCCUGGCAACCUCCUCGAGCGCAUCCGGGCAUGGCGCACGCUCUGCGGGGCAUCGGUCACGCAUGGAGCUUGCAAUUGGCACCUCGACCAAAGAGUUUUGAAGCGGCUCCGAACUUGGGAGUUGCAAGUGCUACGUUCCAUGCUGAAGAUGCGCCGGCGGCCUCAUGAGAACCAGAAGGCGUACAAUCAACGCGCGGCGGCGCAAAUUUACGCUUGGUUUGGCAAAGUGAGCGCCUUGAUGAUCCACCACCGG